AUGAGCGUGGCGGGAUUGGCGGCAGCAGGGGGAGCAGGCGGAAGUUUCCGCGGCGGAUGGGGCCCUCUUUUCCCCCUGCCGCUGCGAAAUCCGCUGCUUGUCGCCUACAAUUCAGACGCAACAGGGGAUAGUAACGCCGUCAACGGCGCCGCCGCUACUAGUGGCCCUAGUACCGCUACAGGCGAUGCCGCUGCUGGCGCUGCCGCCAUUUGCGUUGCUUCCGGCGUUUCCGAUGGCAGCGUAGCGCAGCCCAGACGACGACGAGUAUGCUGGACGUCUUCAGGAGACUAUUCAUCCCCUUCCCCUUCAGGAGUGGUGAUCCACGGCCCAGGUUGCACCACGUGUCUGCGCGGGCAGCGCUGCUCCUUCCGCGUGUCUGUGCGCGUGUCCGCGCACUGGGCGCACGACGACGCUGCAUGUGGGUUACGCCAACCUCACAUUUCUCCGCCUCCUUCUCUCCCAGCCACUCCCUCUCUUCCCAUGUGUGUUAACCCCAUAGCCCCACCUUCCCUCCGCCCGUGCUCCCCCCUCCACGCUCUUCCCCGCAGGGCGACGCCACAUGUGGAGCUCGCCAACCUCAACUUCCCCGCCUCCUUCGCCACCCCGCCUUCCCCAUGCCCCACCCGUGCUCUUCUCCUUUCCGCUCUUCUCCUUUCCGCUCUUCUCCUUUCCGCUCUUCCCCUUUCCGCUCCUCCCCGCAGGGCGACGCCACAUGUGGAGCUCGCCAACCUCAACUUCCCCGCCUCCUUCGCCACCCCGCCUUCCCCAUGCCCCACCCGUGCUCUUCUCCUUUCCGCUCUUCUCCUUUCCGCUCCUCCCCGCAGGGCGACGCCACAUGUGGAGCUCGCCAACCUCAACUUCCCCGCCUCCUUCGCCACCCCGCCUUCCCCAUGCCCCACCCGUGCUCUUCUCCUUUCCGCUCUUCCCCUUUCCGCUCCUCCCCGCAGGGCAACGCCGCAUGUGGAGCUCGCCAACCUCAACUUCUCCGCCUCCUUCGCUCCCAGCCGCUUCCUCCCUUGCUUGUGCAUCUCUGGCUUUCCCCAUGCCGCCCGCCCCCAUCCCACCCAGCCCCGCUCUUCAGCGCACUGCGACGCUGCACGCGGGCCGCACCAACCUCAACCUCUCCACCAACUUCUCACCCAGCCGCUCCCUCCCUCGCAUGCCGGCCCCUUCCCCUCUCUAACCCCCACCACAUCUCCCCCCCCCCCCCCACCCCCCAAGGGCGACGCUGCACGUGGGGUGCGCCAACCUCAACAUCACCACUUUUGCCACCCCGCCAUCCCCAUGCCACCCCCAUCCCUCACUCGUGCGCUUCCUCCCACUUCCCCUCCCCCCCGCAGGGCGACGCUGCACGUGGGGUUUGCCAAUCUUAACUUCUCCGCCUCCUUCACGCACCACUUCAACCGCACGCUCCAGCACAGCCUUGCCUCCUGGCCAAUCACAAUCACGCCACAUUGGCUCCUACCGUUGCACGGCUCCUUAAAGCCCCCCGUUCGAGUGGGUGUCAAGCUCUUCAUUCCCCAUCCCCACUCGCCACUCCCCACUCCCCAUCCCCACUCACUCCCCAUCCCCAGUCACUCCCCAUCCCCGUUCCCCAUCCCCACUCCCCAUCCCCACUCACUCCCCAUCCCCAUUCCCCAUCCCCACUCCCCAUCCCCACUCACUCCCCAUCCCCGUUCCCCAUCCCCACUCCCCAUCCCCACUCACUCCCCCAUCCCCAUUCCCCAUCCCCACUCCCCAUCCCCACUCACUCCCCAUUCCCGUUCCCCAUCCCCACUCCCCAUCCCCACUCACUCCCCAUCCCCAUUCCCCAUCCCCACUCCCCAUCCCCACUCACUCCCCAUCCCCACUCACUCCCCAUCCCCAUUCCCCAUCCCCACUCCCCAUCCCCACUCACUCCCCAUCCCCAUUCCCCAUCCCCACUCCCCAUCCCCACUCACUCCCCAUUCCCGUUCCCCAUCCCCACUCCCCAUCCCCACUCACUCCCCAUCCCCAUUCCCCAUCCCCACUCCCCAUCCCCACUCACUCCCCAUCCCCGUUCCCCAUCCCCACUCCCCAUCCCCACUCACUCCCCAUCCCCAUUCCCCAUCCCCAUUCCCCAUCCCCACUCACUCCCCAUCCCCAUUCCCCAUCCCCACUCCCCAUCCCCACUCACUCCCCAUCCCCAUUCCCCAUCCCCACUCCCCAUCCCCACUCACUCCCCAUCCCCAUUCCCCAUCCCCAUUCCCCAUCCCCACUCACUCCCCAUCCCCAUUCCCCAUCCCCACUCCCCAUCCCCACUCACUCCCCAUCCCCAUUCCCCAUCCCCACUCCCCAUCCCCACUCACUCCCCAUCCCCAUUCCCCAUCCCCAUUCCCCAUCCCCACUCACUCCCCAUCCCCAUUCCCCAUCCCCACUCCCCAUCCCCGUUCCCCUUCCCCACUCCCCAUCCCCACUCUCUCCCCAUCCCCAUUCCCCAUCCCCACUCCCCAUCCCCACUCACUCCCCAUCCCCACUCCCUAUCCCCACUCCCCAUCCCCACGCCCCACCACCACUCCCCCUUCCCCCGAUCCCCCAUCCCCCCUCCUCCCCAGAUGGGCAUUUUACCGGUGCACGCACCCUGAAACUCCCCCAUCGGACUGGAUAGGCGCGCUGCACGAGAGGGGGAUUCACGAGAUCAGCAUCAUGGGCUUUCUACCGCUGCACCCCCCGGGGACUCCCCCAUCCGAGUGGAUAGCCGCGUUGCACGAGAGGGGCAUUCGGGAGAUCAGCAUUGUGGGGGACAGCCACCAGCGGUACCUGGCAGCACAUCAUUCCCCCCCUCCUUACCUCUCCAAAUAUCCCACCAGGUGGGCGUUCUACCGGUGCACGCACCCCGAGACGCCUUCUUCUGACUGGAUAGGCGCGCUGCACGAGAGGGGCAUUCGGGAGAUCAGCAUCGUGGGGGACAGCCACCAGCGCUACCUGGCAGCGCACCUGCACUUCCUGCUCACCAGGAAGGCGGAGAGGGGUGUGAAGCGGUGGCGGGACGACCUGGUGUUUUACCCACGAGACAGCAGCAACCGCACGCUGAGGAUCAACUUUUAUUGGAUUGACGGGAUCUAUAAGAAUGGCGAAUUCGGCUGCGCCCAUCGGGGCCAGACCACCAACCGACUGGAGAGCUUCCCCAACAUCUCCACCACUGCUGACGUCACGCUCUUUGAAGGAGGCUACUGGGCAGCUUCCUUCUGCCGCCAGCCCCUCAAGGCCCUCCGAGUGCACCUCGAGGAGUUUGCUCGGUGGGCACUUGCCGCCGCACCUGCAAAAGGGAGGGUUAUUUUCCGAACUAUCCCGUCUUUUCCUGUGGCUAAGAACCGGGUGAUUAUGGCGGUUAAUGUGCUGCUGAAGAGGAUAGUUCAGGGGGGAAGAGUAGGGCUGGAGGAGGGAGGAGCGGAGGGAGAGGGAAGAGGUUUGGAGAGAUUAGAGGAAGGGAGGGUAGGAGGGGUGCAAAAGGGGGAUGUUGGUGGGGGAGGAGGGGGAAGUGGGGGAGGGGGAAGUGGAGGAGGGAUAGAGAAGCUGGUGUACCUUGAUUCGAGCCUGCAGGUGCUGCCGCGGGACGUGGAAGAAGAGGGGGAAGGCAUGGAGAGAGCAGGAUCGCCAUUGCCAUCACCACCAUCAUCACCAUCGCCAUCAACAUCAUCAUCACCAUCAUCAGGCCGAUCCGCUGAGCUGGCAGCAUUGCCCGUUGGGGCAGCAACAGUGCUGGACACGUGGCAGGUGGACGCCCCUCGAUAUGCCGACACAGCAGAGCCUAACGACCAUCAUUACUCUGUAGUCCAGCCCACAUCAGAAGGGGCAGUGGUGGUGGGGGACGUGGGGGAAGGUCAAGUGAGGGCCUUCGUUCAUUACCUGCUGCAUGUGCUUCCCCCACUCCGUGCAAGCGCACUCUAG